AUGGCAUUUUGGAAAGGAAGACCCAAUUGGUUAGGCAAAAUAGGCCUUAUAUUAUUAGCAAUAUGGCUAAUAAUACUAAUAAUAUCCGUAUCACAUGUUUUACGGAACAAUUCUUCCCGAGAAAACGAGGAAGUAAUAGCUAAAGACAAGGAAAAUUUUGAAAAAUUAUCCUCGAUGGUUGAGGAGUUUGAAAUUUUAAAAAAACAAAAUGAAGCAUUUGCCAAUAUUAUUAUGUCUAAUAAUUAUAAGAGUGAUAUUAUUAGUGAUAAUUUAAAAGCUAUAACUAAUGUAAAUAAUAGCCCAAUUUUAGAGUACGAGCAUUUGAGGCGUAGAAUUAAAAAUGAUGUCCAGGAACUGUGGUACUACGUCGAUGCCCAGUUAAAAAAAGUUAAAAAAUACACUGAGGAUUUUCCUCUGGAUAAGCGGGAGAAGGACAUUGACGACGCGAUUAACAACGUCUGGGAGCACAAAAAGGCCCUGAUUAACGAGCUGGAGAAGCUAAAGGAAGUCGAUGGUCAUCAGCGCUGGAGGGAAAAAGAGUCCCAAAAUUUGUCGGAUCUUGUACAGAAGCGGUUUUCGCACUUGCAGAAUCCUAGUGAUUGUAACAGCGCUAAAAAAUUGACUUGUAAUUUGAAUAAAGGAUGUGGCUUUGGCUGUCAGAUUCACCACCUGACCUACUGUUUUUUGGUAGCCUACGGUACUGAGCGCACACUAAUCCUAAAAUCAAAGGGCUGGCGUUACCAAAAAGACGGCUGGGAAUCAGUAUUCAAGCCUCUCAGCGACAGCUGUACCUCUCCGAGCGGUCUCUCCCACGCAAACUGGCCAGGAGACGCAUCUAAGCAAGUGGUAUCGCUGCCAAUAGUGGACAACGUCUACCCGAAGCCGAAGUACCAGCCUCCAAGCAUACCACUGGACCUGGCCCCACGAAUCGAGCGGCUGCACGGGAACCCGUUGGUCUGGUGGGUCGGGCAGGUGCUCAAGUUCCUGAUGCGACCCAGGGAGGGCAUGCAGAAGAUAAUCGACGCUAAAAAAGAAAAAAUGGGAUUCAUAAAGCCAAUCGUCGGGAUCCACGUCCGAAGAACUGACAAAGUCGGGACCGAGGCGGCUUACCACGACCUAGACGAGUACAUGGUGAAAGUCGACCAGUACUACGAGCAGCUGGAGAUUCAGCCAGCAGUCAAGCGGGUCUUUAUCGCCAGCGAUGACCCCAAGGUGAUAACUGCCGCAAGGACUCGGUAUCCUAGGUACGAAGUUAUUGGCGAUCCUGCUAUCGCGGAAACUGCUUCUGUGUCCAAGCGAUAUUCCGACACGUCUCUCCAUGGAAUUAUUAUUGACAUUCAUCUGCUGUCUCUGUCAGACCACCUUGUUUGCACCUUCAGCUCCCAGGUCUGUCGCGUUGCUUAUGAAUUAAUGCAGACGUAUCAUGUUGAUGCUUAUGAUAAAUUCACUUCGCUUGAUGAUGUUUAUUAUUACGGUGGACAAAAUCCCAAUCCGGCUGUUGCGAUCCUGGAACACUUACCCAGACGCACGGAAGAAAUAGAAUUGAAAGUUGGGGAUAAAGUUGAGGUCCAUGGCAAUCACUGGGACGGAUUUUCUAAGGGAAGAAAUUUACGGACUGGUAUUACUGGAUUGUUUCCUAGUUUUAAAGUUGAAAAUCGCAUUGCUACCGCGGAAUUUCCCAAGUAUUCUGAUGUUUCUUUAUAA